CUAGAAAGUCUCUCCUACCGUGCAAUAGUCUACUCAAAAAUAAACAUUUGCACGUAACGUUAAAAACUAACAGGAAAAAUGGCUCAUAUUGUAAAAAUUCCACAAUAUGAAAAACGUAACAGGCAAAAAACACAGCAUUUUUAUAAAACCUUAGAUCUCAACAUAAGUACUGGAUCAGAAACAAUGAGAGACUUAGCAAAUUCAUAUCUACAAAAGAAAGGAGUAAGAUUAAAGCAACACCUAAACGAGCCGCAUGUCAAACAGAAAAUAAGUGACUACAAGCAACUUUCCUCUGAACAAUUUCAAACGAUUCAUUCUAGCAGUCCAAGUCUUGACAAAAUGGAUAUCUCUUUACUAACUGUUCUCCUUCUGCAUACAUUCCCGGAGCAGCUGUCACCAGACGCAAAGAAAAGUAUCAAGGGAUUAAAACGUACAAGAAACAGUUUAGCACACGCAGUUAAAGCUGAACUUGACGACGACACUAUCUUUAAGGACACGCUUCAGUUGAUCAUGGGACUUGCGAAUGAAGUUCACUCAAAGAGGAAGAAUUAUUCACGGGACUUAUUCAAUGAAAUAAAUGAAAUAAGACUGCAAGAAGUGGUCUAUAGUCACUGUAACUUAGAUAGAGUAAAGCUGAAUAACGAGAUGUAUGUAGUUAAACUUGUAGAGGCUACUGAUGAUGAGAGAGUUGAUCAAGCUGAUGUUUGGCGUAUCAAAAUUGGCUUAACAAAGUGGGUUCGGCAGCUUUCGCGUGGAGUCGUUGUUAGUGCUCUCCUACAGGCACUGAAAGAAGAAGGGGUUAUCAAUGACACAACUAAACGGCAAAUAGAGGAAGAGUACUCAAACGAAGAGCAAAUGCAGCUGUUGGUUCUUCACAUGAUGGAUGAGACGAAACUGAAUUUAUACAAAUUUUGCCAAUGCCUUAGGCAAUUGUCGUCAAUAAUGGCAGAUUUAGUUGAAAAUUCUAACACUGAUGGAAGAGAUGUUGAGCAAUACCUCAAGAGUUAUGAGAAGGAAAAUGUAACAAGAAUACUGGGGGAACACUUCGUGGAAAGUGAGGAUGGAACAGUAACAACUGAAAGUCUUCAUAUUUUCGUAGAGGAGCAGUUUGGAUUUGCGAUGGCGUUUAGCACAGUUGAAAAGUUCGUACAUGCAAUUUUCCCAGAUGUCAAGCGCACGACAAGUUUUAUUGGUUUGUCCUGGAAAGAAGAGACUACUGAACCGGCAGCUGAUGCAAAAGAACCUACAGAUGAGUCACUUUCAGGCAUGACUUGUGAAAGCUUUGCGGUUUUCGUUGGAGACUGGUUUGCAGAAAUUGAUAAAAGACUUACGAUACCACUCAAAACAGCGAUUCAGAAAGAAAUCAUUGCACCAAAAAUAUUUUUAGAAAUGACGGAAGCCGACAUGAAAGAUGUGUUUUCUCCUUACAUAGAGAACAAAGACAGUAGUCAUGAAACCAAACUUAAAUACGGAUUUGGAAUAAAAAGUGGUCUCAUGCAAAUACAGAGAAAAAUUAGGAAGCAAAAUGUUGCAGUUGAGACAGACCGCCUAGAAAUCUUGCGUCCCUUUGAUUCCCCAUUUGGUAGAACGAGUUACAAACAAUGCCAGGUGCGGCCGCAUCAAGGUAAUCUCCUUAUACCAGCACAUGAAUUUAGGCCCCUGCCAUCACGUAAAAAAUUCAAAAAACAUUUUGUUGUGAAAGAAGUCAUACGUUUUACUGCUGCUUGUAUAAAUGGUCGUAAAAAUGGUACAAUUCAUUUUGGAAUAGAACCUUUGGGUAAUGGUGUGGGUCAUAUAAAUGGAGUACCUGAAGGAAACAGAUGGCAAAGUUUGAAUAUAGAAAUAGGAAAAGCAAUAAAUGUUUGCUUUAAAGAAAAUGCCAGUAUCGCAUUCAAAUGUGUUCGUCCAGUGCAGUUGAUCAAUGUUGAAGGAGGUGGCAUUGUUAUAGAGGUAGAUGUUGUUCCAUUUUCGAAGUAUAUUUCAAGGACACUCCUUAGCAUAGAUUUUCCGCCGAAAGGAAAUCAGCAUCAAGAAUGCUACGUAUACAGCCUUAAACCGGACUUUGGGAUAUUGUCCGUAAAUGAAGAGGGAUUGAAAGAAACAGAAGAAUUUUAUGAAAUGGUUCUGCAGGAAAGAAUAAAACUAGAGGUGUUUAACGACAAAAAGCUGGACAGAACUACACUCCUUGUACAACAGCUGAGAAAAAUGUUGACUGGGGGUAACACUUACGUCACUGAUGCUUUUAUUCCAGUUAUUGUAUCAGGAAAGAUAUCUGGAAUCCCAGAUGAAUUGGAAACGAGAGCUCAUAUGAAGGAGAUGGCUAUGGCAUUUACGUCUUCGGCGUUUGUUAUAGACUGUGACGAUUCAGUUCUCUUAAGAAAAGAUGUUGAGGGCAACAAGAGAAUUUUUCACGUGAAAACAGCUGAAGAUCUGGUUACUCAGAAUGAGAUAUCAGAAACAAGCCCAACAUGGUUAUACUGUAAUGGUAAUAACGAACUGUCAAAAGAAGCAAUGGAAAUUGAAAAUUGGAUCGAUAAUAGAGCUGAAGGGGUCAGAAAGGCAUUUGAAAAAUUGAAAAAUAUUAUUCCAAAAUCUCGAGCGAAGAUAAUUUUUCUUGUGUUUCAGUCAAAUAAGGCGGAAAACGACCUUCUUAGAGAAAUUGCAAGAAUGGCAUUUGUUACCUAUUUCAAAAACAAAUGUGUCAUCCUUGCAGAACAGGACGACGAUGUGUCUUUUGUCAGAAAAGAACUUGAAACUUUGAUAGGGCAUCAACGACUUGAAAACUCAUUCCAUACUGGUCUUCGUUGGAAACAUAUUUCGAGGUUGAUGAAAAAUAUCUUUAAGUUGAACCCAGCUACCGUUUGCAAACUUCCACAUUGCGAUGGUCAUUUCAUAGAAAUGACUAAGAUGGAAAGAGAAUCUCUGAAUUUCACAGAUAUAGAAAUUUUGAGCGGAGAAGAAUGCAUUGAUCUUGAGGCACAGAUGAAACCUGAUGAAAUUAAAUCGAAGGCGGUCGAGGCUCAAGAGCAAUUUUAUCACGGAGGUCUUGUGUCUUGGUGGGAUUUCUAUUACAAACAUGUUGGAGAACGUGAUCAAUAUUUGCUUCACAGAAACGAAAUUAGAGACAAACUGGCAAAUGACAAAGGUGAGACAUUGAUAGAAGAACAUGAAAUUGAACAUCAUCCAGGGGCUGGUGGAAGUACACUUGGGAGGCAUUUACUAUGGUAUUUCAGCCAAUUUCGGAAGACUCCAGAAAAGUCGUAUAGAUGUUGCGUCAUUAAAACACAAAAUGUAACCGAUGAAACAAUAGAACAGAUAGAAAAGUUCAGAAAUUUUAAUGACGGCGAAUGCCCAAAACCAUUCAUUGUUCUAUCGGAUAACAUGAAUGAAGAAAAUGAAAAUUUUCUGAAAGCUAAAUUAUAUGAAGCUGCCUACAAGACUGGUUAUCCUGGUAAAUUAUUUUGUCUAGUCAUAAUUAUAUGCAGGCGACCAAUAACGUAUGAGGAAACAGACGGAAAACCUCUUUUAAAGCAUUCGCUAAGUAAACAAGAACAAGUAUGGUUCGAAGAAAAAUUCAAGCAGAUGGAAAAAAAUGACGUAGAUGUUGAGACCUUGAUAGCAUUCAACUUUAUGCGACAUUCCUUCGAUCCAGGCUACAUGCAAAAAACAGUUGACCAUUUGUUGAAAGGUGUCACACGAAAAGAAAUGAAAGUACUGCGCUGCUUAGCUCUGGUAAGGUCUUACGAAAGUGACUGCCUUGUUCCAGAAAGUGUUUUUGACACUUUGAUGGAUGCCAUUCUAGUUGACAUCAGAUCACCUUGGGGUAUAAUACAUUCCCUACCGGAGCUACAAAGACUUGCAACUGUACGUAAUGAACCAUGGAAUACUCAAAUAUCUAGAGCAAUGAGUUUGAUAAUUGUGAAGAGGAACGGGCAUGACUUUUAUAAUAGUGGUGUAUGUCUAAUUUCUCAGAUGUUGGCAAGAAUAGUACUGGAAUACAUUCAAGAACAUGAAAGCGUAUCUUUAGAGAAUAUCGUUGACCACGUUUUGGAUCUGGUUGAAACACAAACAUCCGAGACAAACCCAAUGUCAAAACGGUUUGUAAGAAUUAUAUGCAGCCUUUUUAAAACCAGGCAAUUGCUCGAGGGGGAAGGACCUGAGCAAAAGCAAAAGUUUUCAGACCUUGUUCUAAAACUAGAGCUGCAAGAUACAUCCGAGUCUGAAAAUGAUGCAAGACAAAGGGUAAUACGUACGAUGACACGAUGUUUUGGCAUAACUAAAGACCACCUGGUUGGUCAGCAACUUGCAAGGUUCAAUAUUCAUAUCAAGGAAUAUAGUGCGGCGGAGGAGGCUAUUAAACAAUCCCUACAAAUUCAAAGUCAAAAUUCGUAUUUACUACACACUUACGGGCAAAUAUUCAAGACAAAGAUGGAAGGCAUGUUAGCUAAUGCCGCUCAAACAAAAACAAAGGUGCGCGAUGCAGAGGCAGCUGAGAUAAUUGAUUUAGCUUUCCAGGCUAUUGAAAAAUUUGUUUCCGGCCAAAGAAUUGCUAUUUCGACAGGGGAGCACACUACCUGGGGAUGUUUUCACACAGAGGUAAAAACUGCUUUGUCCCUUCUAGAAAAAUUUCAGCACUUUGCUUGUUAUACGACCCGUCAGGCAUUUAUAAGCUUUUUGAAUAAUGAUAUUCUCAAAGUUGCCGAUGGUCCACUCUUGCGUAUGAUGAAGAAAUGUCCGGCUCUUGAAAAUCUCAGAGCUGGAAGUGCGGCGCAGUGUCAUCUAGAAACAUCCCUCCGUAGUAUGGAAGAAAGAAGCUACCAGGUAAAAAGACAGUUGUACGUGAUAUAUUCAGAGGAUGAAACGCUUUUAUUAGGUUUAAGAGAGCGAUUUGAGCGGUUCUAUGGAAGUCAAAAAAGCACAAGUAAAUACCAAUUUAGCUUUGGAAUUGGAUUGAAACCUCUAAUGGUCGCAAAAGUUAGAAAUAAUCAGGCAUUGUGUAGAAGAGUAAAGGAAGCGAAAGAACAUUUGGAACAAGUCAGUCGUCAGCAGGUUGACGAAAGAGAUCUUCUCGUUUACCUUGGAGAUAAGAUAAUUACUAUUUCUAGACAAGGACCUCAAGAUGUUCUAGCAUGUAGUUUUGAAGAAUAUAAACGCCUUUUGUCAUAUAGUACUGAUCUAGUAGCAGUACAAACUAUAGCGCCGGCAUCAAAAUCAAAGCGGCUAUACCUUGAGACAUUUUUGUAUUUUGCAAUGCUGCAUUGGCCUUUGAAAACUAGAACAAAAUUAGAUAUUGAUGCCAUUUCACGACCUGCUGCUUACGGGCAAAUAAUAAAGACAUGGGAAGAAUCGUAUAACAAUAACUUUUACAUUAAAACCAGAGAGCAAUAUCAAAGGUACAGACCGAAAAAUUACUUUGCUCUAGGCAAGGGGGAACCUGGUAACGAUAUAGUAGAUCUUGAAUCUAUCAAAAGAGAAUGGAUGGACAGAAAAAAGAAGGCUACAGGAAGAGUUCGGAAACCAGUUUUCAAGGACUUCUUCUGGAGAGAAAGUUUUGUUGAGGAGAGGCUAGAAAGACUAGAAGGUGUCGUUGAUGACUCUGGAAAUAACAUUACACAUGAGGCUGAAUAUCCGCAAGGGUACCACAAAUUCAGAAUAAGGACCUACUACCCAUGCCCUGAUUUAAGUAAUAGAUCAGUGACUUUUGUACUUGGUUUCACAUGGAAAGAACCAACUGCGUUUGAUGUGUUAGAAAUUGGAAAAUCUAGAAACAUAUUACCGGAUGGUGACAAACCGAUAUCAGCGUCCUGCAAUGCAGACAACAAGGCAAAUACUGGAAAUGGUGAUCUUGCGGAAAAUGAUACCAGAAUCUUAUAUGAGCGGACGCAACAAACAGAUCAAGAAUCUAAUACGGAUAAAUCAAAACCUAGGAGAAGAAGAAAGAAACACGUUAGAAAACAGUGACUCAUGAUGACGAACUGUUAAUAUGCUCAUCACAUUUACUCUGAUCGAAAAUGUUGAAAGCGAGAACAAAUUGAUAUUAGUUUUAAAUCAAAUCAAUAUGUAAUAUUUACAUUCACCUAUGUGUUGUGUAUUGAAAGAAAAAAGAAACAUUUAUUUUUGUAUUUUACCAUCCAUAAACAGUAUUAAGAAUGAAUAUUUCCAAGAGAUUGCUGACGCAGCCUGAUAUAUAUAAAUAAAAUGAUGUUGUUUGAAUCGAAAUCAAACUAUAUAAACAUUAAAGAGAAUUUCUAUUGUAUUUUUUAAUAGAUUUUUCAUAUAUCUGAUAGGAAAUUUUGUGCUGAAAACAAUGAACAAAUAAACAAAUGGGUCACCAAACUUGUUUUUGUGAAAAAUUGUUUUGAACACACCCACUGUUGCUGAAACUGAUUGCGAUUUUUCAAUAUUUUCAUAAUUUUCUGCUUUUUUAUAAAUACCAACAAAAACAUGAAUCAAGACAGCACAAUAAGUUUUAUAUAUUUAUUUCAUAUCACAGUCAUAUUUGUAAUACAAUAUCGUUACAUUGAUGCGUACAAAUGAAAAAUAAAUCUUGUUUUAUAUUCACUUUUAUGAACUUUUUUUUUAAAUGAAAAGUCUUCAUAGUAAAGAUUUAUUUUUUUAAUUUUGAAAAAAAACACGUUUCAUAGAAUUUUUUUCUGUUUUCCUUGUAUGUAGAUAAUUGUAUUGUGAACAUUAAAAUGGCCAAAAAAGUAUGGGUCACCGGCUAAAUUAUAUGUUAAGACCACUUGGACGAAAAAAUAGUCUGAACUUUACUAAAUUGAUUAUAUCUGCUAGAAGUUUAAAAAAUCUUAAUCCUUUCUAUAAUUGAAUACUAAAUGAUAUGAAUGGAGAUAUUGUCUUAUGAAUACAAAGUUAAUUGUCUAACAUUAUAUGAACAACGCUGUCUUUUUACUAAACUGCGCUGUCAAAACACAGCCACAAAUGGCAAGUUGCAUGGUACAUGUCAGGCAUGAUACAUGUCAGUACAACAUAAACCAGUAUCAACAUUUGAUUACUGAUAAAACGUAUUGAAAAAUGUUAUUUUAUAACGAUUCCUCAUAUUUAAGAUUGUCUAUCACAUGUUUCAACAAAUGUUGACUUCACUUCACUUUGUCCAUAGCUAGUAUCGACUGCGCAGAAAGAUGCGCAUAAAAAACUAUAGGAAUUCCCUUUAAAGUACAGCUAAAACUAAAUUAUCUUGCGGGAAAGACCAAAACAGAAUAAACCCGACUUUGUGAUUUUUUACUGGAUUAAAAAAUAUCUUACAUAAAAAUAAGGUUUUUCGAAAAGCGAGAUACACCUAACAUGAAGCUGUUCGAUCUAAAUAUUGAAAAGAUCAAUGCUGAUAAUUAUUUUGAAUUUCUGAUAUUCACUGAAAGCAAGCCACUUAUUUUUAUAGCAAGCUACUAAGUAGCAUAAAUACUUUGUAAAUGCCAUGACAUUUUAUAUUGUCCCUAUAGUCAUCUUACGUUUUCUAUCAGUAAGAUUCCUCUUACCAACGGAUAUAGCCACAUGAUUACUAGAGACGCUUAAAGGUGGUCAGUCACAUUUGAGCAAAAUUUUCUGCUAUUUUUCAGUUUUCAUAUAUUCUAUUAGAGAUUUAUUUAUGGAACAAAAAGACACAUUAUAAUGAUUAUAUAGAGUUAGAUCCCUAUUGGAAAUGUAUAUUUUGUCACUUUUUACGAAAUUUUGUAAUUACCUCCCUUAAAUAUAAAAGUUUUUUUGUGUUUUUUUUUAAAGUGGACUAUUUCUUGUUAUUCCAAUAUUAUUUCCAGUUUUACGUUUGCAUUUAAAAAUAAUAGGAUACGCAAACUACCUGAAUCAAAAGACAAGUUUUAAAACAGCGUAUAGCUUCGGAAUUCAUCUAUUUUCAAUCUAUCUUGGUUGCACAACCGAGAUAGGCAAAGGGAGGUAAUAAUAAUUCUAUAAACUUGCAUUUCUUAUGAGUUUUGGCAAAAUAUGUACUUGUCAAUGCCAAUCAUUGACAAUUUUAAUAUGAUAGUGCUUAUAUUCAUAUCAUCCCUUAGGCAAAAUGUGUUUAUUGACUUUAUACUUAUUCUAAAAUAACGCUAUUUUGGUUGGGCAACCAGGAUAGGAAAAUCAAAUUUUAAAAAUAAUUCUAGUGAAAAUCUGAUGUGUAUUAAGAACCCGAUGAACAAAAAUUAGUGUAAAUGAUUAGUUUGUGAAGUUCGUUUACCAAAAUCCUAUUAACCACCUUUAAAAACACCAAUGGACAUCUUUCACUGAGGUUUUUGUCUUUCGAUAUUUACUUCAAAGGUAUAAAAUCCUCAUCAAAUGUCUUUAACUUCACUAAAUAUAAAAAUUAAAUUUGUGUAUAGAGCUACAUUCAUAAUAAAAUGUCAUGCAGUAACAGUUGAUUGUUAAAAAAGCAACCAGUUUUUUAGUGGUAUUGUCCGUAAGUAUUGACCUGGCAUACAUUAAUCUUCGCCAAUAUUUUCGGGUGUUUCCGUUAUUUUACGCAAUAUUUAUAUCCUGAAAAUGUCUAUAUUACUAAAAUAACCUAUAUGAAUAACCAAUAACAUGGUAGCAUAGUGGUAAGCUGUUUGACUGCCGCGCACGAUACCACGUGUUCAAAGUCACCUCAGACAUUUUUUUCUAUGAAAUGUUAUGUUAUCGAUAUAUUGCUUUUAUUCUUACAAGAUCUACGUAGCAUAUUUCACGAAUUCUGAAUGUUUUCUCUUGUAGUAUUCGUUUUCUGGAAACGUUGGUGACAAGUACUUUGUCUUUGUAUCUAAGAUACUUUUAAAGAUUUUAUUCAACAUUUUCUACAAUGGAUAACUUGUCUAUGAGUGUAUUUCUUUCAAGAAAUGGACCAUAAAGUUUGAUCAGGUAAGUGUGGCAAUAUUUCUACCUGUUAAGUUUGCAGAUAAGAUUUGAAGACAAAAAAAAUGUCCCGCGCAGGACUCAAACCCACAACACCAAGAUUGGCAGCUAAACGCUUUGUCCGCACAGCUACUUGCACAUGCGACAUUGUGUCAAUGAUAAAGAAAUAUGUACGCAAUAGUUAUAUCGCUAUAUCGCUAUUUAGCUUCGGAUACCGGGAAUUAGUUUACGGAAAUAUACGGAAUACUGUGAAAUCAUUAAUAUUCGUGGGGGACUAAUUUUCGUGGAUUUCGUGGUUGAGUCAAUCCACGAAAUUUAAUCCCAACGAACAAGUAAAAUUCCCAUUCAUUAUAUGUUAAAAAGUUGAAAUCCACGAAUUCAUAUCCCCACAAAAUUGCCGUUUUGACCAAAACCACGAAAAUUCAUGCCCACGAAAUUAAAUGAUUUUACAGUAUUCAUGAGUGCCAGGUCAAUACUUACGGACAAUGGUACACAUUUAUACAUUGUGUACUAUUUUAAAAUUAAUGCCUAGUACUGUAAAUACACAUAAACUUGUUAAUUUUAUGUUUACGUAGACUAUAUGAAGUAAUUUUAUAUGUUUUUAUAUAUGAAAUUUGUAACUUAUAUACCUUAAAGAUAAUCAUAUCUGUAUUUUACACUUUAAUACUUGUAAGAUUAGCACUUUUUGUAAUCAGUCAGUUGAUGUUUACACUGUUAACUUAAAUGUUUAUGUCUAUGUAGUUUCUCUGACUUUUGCCAUUAAGGAUUCAUGUUAUGUAUAUUGUAUUUUGUGCAUUUCCACCAUCAGAAAGUUAAUAUAUAUUGCAGCGAUGUUGCCUAUUACCAGAUUUAAUAUUCAUUUAAAUGAGAAAAUUUUCAAUACGUCAUACAUGUAUUACAAUAAUCAUGGUUUCUUGAUUAAUUAUGACCUAGAAGAGUAGACUAACGCAAGUACAUUCAACCCGAAUAAAUGCAUUCUUACAGUCUGAGUUAGGCAGCUUUAUCGGAAGUCCAUACUACAGUAUUUGUUAUCCAGAUGGAAACAAAAACGUGAUAAGUGAAAAUGCCUGAAAAUGUAUCACUGUUUUCAAUUUUCUUGACAAUGUAAGAAUAAUGUCUGAGUGUUAAGAUGGUCAUGUGCAUUCACCAUAAUAACAAUGUUCGGAUAACAUUGUGUAAAAUGGUAAGGAUUAAGCCUGCAUGUUACAAAAUAAACAUGCGAUUCAUUGUUUUCUAUUGAUGGUGUGAUGAAAUUUGCACUUAUUAUACCUUUAAGAUAGCCAUAUCUGUAUUUUAUACUUAAACACUUGUAAGAUUAGCGCUUUUUGUAAUCAGUCAGUUGAUUUUUACACUGUUAACUUAAAUGUUUAUGUCUAUGUAGCUUCUCUGACUUUUGCCAUUAAUGAUUCAUGUUAUGUAUAUUGUAUUUUGUGCAUUUCCACCAUCACAGACUAAUCAUAUUUGCAGCGAUGUUGCCUUUUACCAGAUAUAAUAUUCAUUUAUAUGGGUAUACCGGUAUUUUGAAUAUGUCAAAUUACAAUAAUCAUAGUUUCAUGAUUAAUGAUGUCCUAGAACAGUAGACUAACGAAAGUACAUUCAGCCCCAAUAAAUGCAUUCUCACAGUCUGAGUUAGGCAGCAUUAUCGGAAGUCCAUACUACAGUAUUUGUUAUCCAGAUGGAAACAAAAAACGUAAUAAGUUAAAAUGCCUGAAAAUGUAUCACUAGUUACAAUUUUCUUGACAAUGUAAAAUUAAUGUCUGAGUGUUAAGAUGGUCUUGUGCGUUCACCCAAAUAACAAUGCUCUAAUAGCAUUGUAUAACUGGUAAGGAUUAAGCCUGCAUGUUACAAAAAACAUGCGAUUCAUGGUUGGGUGUACUUUCUAUUUAUUGUUGUUUCAUUUAUUAGCUAAUUUAGUGAGUACAUUCAUUUUCAACAUAUUUAUCAUUUCUGAAUAGUAAAUGGCCAGACAAAAAUUGCCUUAUUGUCUGUUUUUCUUUUUCUGUAAUUUAGGCUUGAAUUGUGGUUGUUCCAAAAAUAGUUUAUACUGAUAGUCUCUAAACCCAACAGUAUAUUUGGAAUAUGUUUCAGUAUUGAUCUGUUAUCCGCAAGAUGCUGACAACUUCCCUACAUUUAUUAAAGUUGGAGGACAGAUGACACAUUGUUUAUCACAAAUAACAUACACAUCCCCUACAGAUUGAAAUUUCUACUUUUCAACUCAUAUUCUUAAACUGUGUCUGCUUAGUUAUAGAAAGCUGUACUGAAUUAUUGUAUAAUAAAUCUAGCAGCUGUUUUCUGAAAGUUCGUUAGAAUAUUGUUUUGAAAUGUAAAAAAUAUUUACAGCAAUGCGAUUGAAUUCUACCUUAGUAAGAUCGUAAACUUUUGUAUAAUUGCAUUUAUUUUGCGUUGAAGGUGUUACGUUUUCUUAUCAUUGUUAUUAUUGUUAUUAUAAGUAGUAUUAAUAUUAUUUUUAUUUAUUGUUACAUACCACUUUGAAGUAUUUAAACAGAGACCCAUUUCUAAUAUGAAAUUGGUGUUCCUUUGGAAAUAUGAUGUCUGUGGUAUAGUAAAUGUAUUCUGUGUAUUAUAUAUUUUAACUGUGGCUUUUCCUUUGAAUGAAUAGAUUAUGUGAAAGGAAAACUACUGUUUCAUUUUUUCUGCACCCUUUUGAUUUUAGUAAGGAAAGUAAAUACAUGCAAUCAUAAUUUGAUCCUGAUGAUUUUCAUUGUUACAAUAAUUCUAAAAGAUCGUAAUUACAAUGAAGCCCAGUUUUAAUUCCUUUAUUUACUUCAAAUGUCUAAUGUAUCCACUUGACUGUUUCACGCAGAUGACACUAGUUAACAACAUAGAUUUGAACUAAACUAAAACUUUUGGGACUGCUAACAGCUAUUUUACGAUCACUUCACAUUUAAUCGUCUAAUGUAUUUUUAUGUGAAAAUAUGAUAAAACAUGGUAUCCACACCUAACCAUUUUUUUAAGACUAUAAGAAAUCAAGUUACCAAGGAAAUAAGGCGUGCAAAAACUGAAUAUCAAAAAAAAGUUAUUGAUAAUAUUAAUGAAAACUCAUUAACUUCAAAAAAUUGGUUCAAAUUGUCCAAAUCUGUAAUGAAAUUACAAAAAGUAAAUAACUCCAUACCAACGUUAUUUUCACAUACCACAGAAGCAUCUUCUGAUUCCGACAAAGCAAAUAUGCUAAACAAUUACUUUUCAGAGCAGUCCUCAUUAGAUGAUACAAAUAAAGCCCUUCCUGUAAUAAAUAAAAUUACUGAUUCUUCUUUUGUUGAUCUCGAACUUACUCAACAAGAUGCGAUCGAUGCUAUUCACAACUCGAUCCCACAAAGGCGUCUGGUCCUGAUUUCAUAAGUCCUAGACUGCUAAAGGAAGCCUCUAACGAAUUAUCUGGACCCCUUGCAAAAUUUUUCAACAUGCUCAUUAAUAAGGCGUACUUCCCAUCUGAAUGGAAAAAAGCACAUGUCUCUCCGAUAUUCAAAAAGGCCGAUCCUUCUAAUCCAAGUAAUUACAGGCCCAUUUCCCUUCUUAGCUGUCUUGGUAAAUUAAUGGAACGCUGUAUCCACAAACAUCUUUACAAUUACAUCAUUGACAAUAAUUUAUUGACGGCUUUUCA